AGAACAACAAACCUGCCAGAUCAUCCGCAACUCUGGCCAACGAAGCACACAAGUGAGGUUAAGUCGAGCCGCCUUCAGCAGUCGGCAGCAAUCGCAUUGUGUGUGUUUCCAAGAAAAGCGACGACGUUCCAAGCUACUUCCCAGGGCUGAGUUGCUGAUGCAAAAAAUGCUUGCUCGCUGUGCCCUAAGGCACCUGCAGCGAGUGUCGUCGGUCGGCUAUGGCCAUGUAGCAGCAGUGGCAGCCAACCGUAGAGGGUACCAUGUGAGCGGCCUGCAGUUGGCACCCAGCAAACGAACCAAACUUGAGUUGAAGCGCCGGCUGAAAGCCGAGCAGAAGGCCAAGGAGAAGAGCGAGAAGGAGGCCACACGGGCAGCAGCUGCUCCGCCCGCGGAGGAGGGCGCCCAGAAGAAGAAGUCCACUGCUGAUGAGGAGGAGAUCUCGCCCAAUGAGUACUUCAAGCUGCGCUCGGCCGCCGUCCAGGAGCUGAAGCAGUCUGCCGACUCACAUCCCUAUCCACACAAGUUCAAUGUCAGCAUCUCCCUGGAGAACUUCAUCGAGCAGUAUUCCGGCUUGACGGACGGCGAGACCCUCGAGAAGGUCAGCCUCAGCGUGGCUGGCCGCGUGCAUGCCAUCCGCGAGUCGGGGGCCAAGCUCAUCUUCUACGACCUGCGCGGCGAGGGCGUCAAGCUGCAGGUGAUGGCCAGCGCCAAGUCGUACCAGCCGGAGACCGCCUUCGAGACGGACACGGCCAAGCUGCGGCGCGGUGACAUCAUUGGCGUCAAAGGGCAUCCGGGCAAGACCAAGAAGGGUGAGCUCUCUAUCAUGCCCACGGAGAUCAAGCUGCUGUCCCCCUGCCUGCACAUGCUACCGCAUUUGCAUUUCGGACUUAAGGACAAGGAGACACGCUACCGCCAGCGCUAUCUCGACCUCAUCCUCAACAACAAAGUGCGCGAGAAUUUCCAGAUUCGUGCCAAGAUCAUUUCCUAUGUCAGACAGUUCCUGGAUCGCUUGGGCUUCCUGGAGAUUGAGACGCCCAUGAUGAAUAUGGUGGCCGGUGGGGCGACUGCCAAGCCCUUCGUCACGCAUCACAACGAACUGAAGAUGGACCUGUUCAUGCGCAUCGCCCCGGAGCUCUACCACAAGAUGCUGGUAGUUGGGGGGCUCGAUCGCGUCUACGAGAUUGGGCGGCAGUUCCGCAACGAGGGGAUCGACCUCACCCACAACCCGGAGUUCACGACGUGCGAGUUCUACAUGGCGUACGCGGACUACGCCGAUGUGAUGGACAUCACCGAGCAGCUGAUCUCCGGCAUGGUCAAGUCGAUCCGCGGCUCGUACAAGAUCAAGUACCAUCCGGAGGGACCCGAGGGGCCCGAGCAAGAGCUCGACUUCACGCCGCCCUUCAAGCGCGUCUCGAUGAUCAAGACGCUCGAAGAGAAGCUCAAAGUGCAGUUCCCCUCCGCGGAAACCUUCAACACGCGCGCGACUACCGACUUCCUCUCGCAGCUGUGCGUGAAGCAUCAGGUCGAGUGCCCGGCCCCGCGCACUACCGCCCGCCUGCUGGACAAGCUGGUCGGGGAGUUCAUCGAGGAGGAGUGCAUCAAUCCUACGUUCAUCUGCGAGCAUCCACAAAUCAUGUCGCCGCUGGCCAAGUACCAUCGCAGCGCCCCCGGCCUUACCGAGCGCUUCGAGCUGUUCGUCGCCAAAAAGGAAAUCUGCAACGCCUACACCGAGCUGAACGAUCCGGUCGUCCAGCGCGAACGCUUCGAGCAGCAGGCCAGCGACAAGGCGGCCGGCGAUGACGAGGCUCAGAUGGUCGACGAGAACUUUUGCACGGCCCUCGAAUAUGGCCUGCCACCCACUGGUGGCUUUGGCAUGGGCAUCGAUCGACUGACCAUGUUCCUCACCGACUCGAACAACAUCAAGGAGGUUCUCUUGUUCCCUGCCAUGAAGCCGGAGGAGGCCAAUCGCACAACAGCAUCAGCAACAGGAGCAGCGGCCGAAACCACAGAGACUGUCAAGCAGUAGGAUCUGCAUCCGAGAUGAUCAGAUGAUCCGACGACUCAGUCGUAAUGUACUUUUACUUGUAUUCUGGUCCCAGUUGUGCCCCUCUUAAGACCUUAACUUAUUCAACGAAUAAACAAACACAAAAUUUAUUUCCCAA